AAACACAGUUUUGAGGAGUUGUUGUGAGAGGCUAUGAGGUUUGCUCAUGGAGACUAACUGCUUGGAAUCUGUUAGUCAGGGAGUCAUGGAUCCAGUUACAAAGUGUGGUAUUAAGUCCAAGUAUUUUCUAUUACAGUCAGAGACCCUCUUGAGAGAGAAGCAAACCCACACAGGAUCCUCCUUCGCCCCUCCUUCUCGAGUACUGGCAUUGGCAGCUAUACAGUUUUCAUCAUCGUUUAUCUUUUCAACGAAGGUCGAGGGAGGGCAGACGUUCAAAGACGAUUUUGAGCGAGAUUAACCCAUGAGACUCUCAGAGCCUGAGCAUGAACCAAGGGAGCGGAGCUUGUUUGUGGACCUCUGUGCCUCAGCACUACCCCGCACCAUGUGAUCGUUACAAGCAUGCAUCUUGUGCCCACAGAGGCCAUGUUUACAUACUAGGUGGCAGAGAAAGAUGCUUACUGAGAGAUUUCUGGAAAUAUAAUGUGGUCUGUGACAUGUGGGUUGAGCUUCCCUGUGAUAGUGAAGAAGCACCUGAAGAACUGGAGGAGCACACAAUGGUAGCAUAUCAGGAAUUUCUGUAUGUCUUCGGAGGAAUGCAAGAUUCAUCAUAUUCUAACUCAAAAAUGCCUCUUUGGGUGUUUGACACAGUAAAAGAAUGCUGGAUUAACUGGAAAACAGAGGGUGAAACUUUACAGGAAGUGACACCAGCAAACAGAAAAGGGCACAGUGCUGUCAUUUUUGGGUCAUCUAUGUAUGUCUACGGUGGAUACAUUGAUAUAAGAGGAUCAACAAAGGAAUUCUGGAAAUUUGAUUUUGAUUCCAGGGUGUGGUCGCUCCUAAGCAGUGUAGAAGGUGGGCCUGGUCCCAGACACGGUCACUCAGCUAUGACAUACCAGGACUCUAUGUACCUUUACGGUGGCCUGCAGGGCCUGAGGGAACAGAAGGACCUGUGGAGCUGGAGUCCUGCCAGCCAAACCUGGAGCUGCAUCAAUUUCCAUUCAGGUCCUUCCAGGCUGGUUGGUCACUCUGCUGUGUUGUUUAAGGACAGCAUGCUCAUCUUUGGUGGUGGGGAAACCCAGAGCUCUCCUCAGAGCAGCUUGUGGAGGUUCAGCCUGACAACAAAAACAUGGAAGAAGCUAGCAUUGUUGCCUGGAUGCCCCUCUCUGUGCCGGAUCCAUCACUGCAGCAUUGGCAUAGGCCAGAGUUUCCAGCCAACAUCACCAAACGGCAUUUAUUUAAGGAAAAUACUCAACUCUCACAACAUCAAUAACAAGCUAAGACCAUUUAAGAACAAGUGCCAGCCAUCCCGCCCCACUUUGCAAGAGCCCUGUAUUGAGCUCCAGACUUUCCACAUGGACAAAAAGAAGUAUUUACCAGAUUUAAGUAUUGCAGUGAAAGACACUAAGCUGAAAGGAAGCUGUCUCACCUUUGAGAACCAGGAGGCUAUUAGUGAGAAGCGGAAUAGUGGUGACCUGGCAGAGGAAACUGAGGACGCCAUGUUUCUCCAUAUGCCUGACUUGCUGUUAGUCCUGGGUGGUAAACCUCUACGAGGACAGCAUGUGAUUUCAGUGUGGCAUAUGACAAUGGCAUAAAUCUGUUGUUUUUAGUGCAUUCUACUUUCUCUGUGAGAAAUUAAUGGGCCUUAGCAACAAUACCUAUAUCCUGGGAGAGCAAUUGAAUUCAGUCAUGUACAAACUUUUUACAGAGUCUGUAAUUAUUACCUCAGAGAAACCACGAUUACUCUGAAAAGCACCAACUAGGGCUUUUAUCUUCCACAGAAUGUCAUAUUAUUUUACUAUGUAUCAAAAAAAAAAUGUAUUAAAGAAUCUCCACUAAAUGUGAAAUAAUGGUCAAAAUUUUAAAAUUGGAAUUUUAUUACAUGCUAGGAAUCAAUCCAAACAUUGUCACAUUUUGUAAUUUGCUUUGUGUGUGUUUUGUUAGAUCCACGUAUAUUGCUGUCAGAACACAUUAAUUUCCCUGCCUUCACACUGUUUCAGGAUAACUGCACUCAAACGCUUUAAUAAGUAAUGCAUUACAUGAAUAAUGUGUAACCAUUUGCAACAAUCAAAAAUGUGUUGCAGCGCUAAUGUUAAAACCAACACUAGUCUGUAUUUAUUUUUGGAUUGCUAAAAAAAGGAAUUAACAGAAUUAAAAAAACAGAUACUGCUAGAAAACUACAUUUGUAGCAUAUUUGUAUUAAAUUUAGUCAUUAGCAGACAAUUUUAUCCAAAAUAGCUAAGAAAUAGGACAAAAAAGCAAUCAAAACCAACAAGCCAACCUAAUAAUAUGUAAGUGCUGUGAUAAGUCUUAGUUAGUUUAUAAUAAAUAAAAAGAAAACAAGUAGAUAGAAUAGAAAAGAAUAGAACGCUAGUGCUAGAGGGUCAUGUUUUGUAAUAAAUAGAAAAGUCAAAAGAAUAGAGAACGCUAGGGUCAUUUUUAAUAAUAAAUAAAAAGGAAUAAAUAAACGUUGUACUAAAUAUAACUAUAGCUAGAAAAUGCUACAAUAAUACAACAUACAACUAAUUUUUUAAAAAAGGAAUUAACUGUGCUUGCAAUCACUAAUUGUUAAACGCUGACCUGUACUUACAUUUCUACAUGCACGUAGUGUUUAUUACCACUGGAGGGCGACAGACUUCGCAAGUCACGCUCAACAAAUGCACAGAUCAUAUAGAUACAUAGCAUAAACCAACAAUCUCCUUGACACAUUUGGGUUAUUCUACACAUUAUUAUUUAUUUAUACAUUUUUAUAUUGAAACAAAAGAACAACACAAUUCACAUCUGUAGGCUAAACAGAUACAUACCAUCAUCAGUAUCCUUUAUCCUCAAUAUUAACAGAUAAUAUACCAAAUAAAAUGUUCCAUUAUGAAAAAUGUGACAUAAAUCCAAGGGAUUUUUCCAUGGCAAGUGACAUAGAAGUUGCAGAAGUGACAGAAGAGUUGAACACAUGACAGGGGUCAUAAUACAAAGUGUCCUUUUAAAUUGUAUUGAAUUGCAUUCUGUAGCUAAUUAAUUGUUACAUUAGGACAAACCACACAUAUAUAGCAAAAAGUGUUUAUAUAUAUAUAUACUGAUAAUCUGUAUGAAGCCGCGGUUUGUUCACUUUAGACUGCAAAGCCGGUAUACAGGUUGUAUCUUCAGAAAAGUGGCACAUACAGUAUUCUCCACAAAAGGUGCUUUCUUACCCAGUCUGUUUAAUGCUGCAGAGAGGUGGCAUAAAUAAUAUUAUUAAAUUAACGUUUUAAAUAGUUUAAUCUGUGAAUACAGAAACCAAAGCCAUUCAAAUAUUGCUAUAUAUUAUAAUUAAAUAUAGACUCAAUAUUCAUGAUGAUAUCUAUGAAUACUCCAAAUUUUACAAGACAAAAUUAUGAAACAUUUUCCAUGAGAAAGUAAGAAUCCCAAAAUUGUGUGCCCCUCAAGAUAGAUGUGUUCAUAGAAGAUGCCCAGAAAAUGUAAUGUGUAUUUAUUUUGUUGAAGCGAUAGAGGGCGCCAUAUCACUUCACAAAAAGUUGGCAAUGCAAUACAGCACAAAAAGUCGAUUAAUAGCCGACUGAAAUAAACUGGCAAACAAAGCGACACUUGAGGGAGUUUCUUAAAGCAUGUCUUAAGCGUUGCCAAAGCGCGUGCAUUAUUUAAUUAAUUAUUACAGAAACUGAUCAGAAAUGAGUGACUAAUGGUUAAUUCUCAUGAAACCAUAAAGGUUUUGCUUUGUUAGUUGAAUAAUAAUAAUAAUAAUAAACUGACGUGAAAACGAGCACUGGCA